ACGCCCCCUAAGGCCGGCCUCUUGCUCAACUCCGCGCCUAACGCGCCUCUACGUGCGCCUGCGCUGUGACCCCAGCUCUGGCGCAUGCGCUGGGUGGGACGCUCUUCAUUGAAAACUAUGGCGUGGGUACCUGCGGAGUCUGCGGUGGAGGAGUUGAUGCCACGGCUUUUGCCGGUGGAGCCCUGCGACUUGACGGAAAGUUUCGAUCCCAGCGUACCUCCGAGGACGCCCCAGGAAUACCUGAGGCGGGUCCAGAUCGAAGCAGCUCAAUGUCCAGAUGUUGUGGUAGCUCAAAUUGACCCAAAGAAGUUGAAAAGGAAGCAAAGUGUGAAUAUUUCUCUUUCAGGAUGCCAGCCUGCCCCAGAAGGAUACUCCCCUACUCUGCAGUGGCAACAGCAACAAGUGGCACAAUUUUCAACUGUUCGGCAGAGUGUGAACAGACAUAGAAGUCACUGGAAAUCACAACAGUUGGAUAGUAACGUGACCAUGCCAAAAUGUGAAGAUGAAGAAGGCUGGAAGAAAUUUUGUCUAGGUGAAAGGUUAUGUGCUGAAGGGGCUAUUGGACCAGCCGCAAGUGAAAGUCCUGGAAUCGAUUAUGUACAAAUUGGUUUUCCUCCCUUGCUUAGUAUUGUUAGCAGAAUGAAUCAGGCAACAGUAACUAGUGUCUUGGAAUAUCUGAAUAAUUGGUUUGGAGAAAGAGACUUUACUCCAGAAUUGGGAAGAUGGCUUUAUGCUUUAUUGGCUUGUCUUGAAAAACCUUUAUUACCGGAGGCUCAUUCACUGAUUCGGCAGCUUGCAAGAAGGUGCUCUGAAGUGAGGCUUCUGGUGGACAGCAAAGAUGAUGAAAGGGUUCCUGCUUUGAAUUUAUUAAUCUGCUUGGUUAGCAGGUAUUUUGACCAGCGUGACUUAGCUGAUGAGCCGUCCUGAUGAAGCUGAUCUCUCAGAGACAGAAGAUAUUGUGAUGAAGACGCCUGAGUCUGAGGAAGUGCAGUGCCAGUUAAGUGCAGAUUGCCUCACAUUUUCAGCACCGUGUGACGAGUCUUCAGCUUAACCUGUGCAACUCAGGUUGAUCUUCAGAAGAUAGAUUGUAUUAUUUUGAAUAUCUGAGGUAUCUGUGAAAGAUCUUACCCAAUUUUUAAUGAAUAAGCAGUUUUCUGUAAUCACGUGCUUUUAAAGCAAAAGUGAAAGAUUUACUGAUGAAGCAUCCUACACAGAAACUGUAUGGUGAAAUUGUACAGAGGUCUUUGGUGCUGUUUUGUUGUUUAUUUACAUGUACACAUAUAAAAUUUUAUUGAAAAUGUU